AUGUCAAAAUUGAAGAAGGGUCCUAUGCUACAAUACAUCAACCAGAUUGCAUUGGAGUCUACUAUAUCUAAACUGGAUUUAUACUUGCACAGAAUAUUCCUCUCGCGUAUCAUGACAGACAAUGGACGCAAAGCAAAUCCAAAUGCUAAAAUAAAUACCAUACUUUCGCCGAAUCCCAAGGAUAAACCAAACAUAAACAUCACAUUUCGAGAUGGAAAAACCAUGGAUUUCGAUGCGAGUACGAUGAAGAUAAACGAAUUACUAAGACCCGUAGAAAAGCACAUCCGCAAACUACGAGAACAAGAAGAUAUCGGCUAA